AUGUCGAGUAAGAAAGUGACGUUGAAUAUGCAACAACGCAUCCAAGUGCUGGAGGAUUUAAAAACUUUACCUGUGCGGAUCGUUGCUGCCAAAUAUCGUAUACAUCCGCAAACAGUUCGCAGAAUUCACAAAAAAGAAAUUUAUAUUCGCGAAUUUGCUGCGAAGGGCAAAACGGGGCAAAAGCAGCAACGAAUGAAGAAACCAGUGUACCCUGAAUUAGAAGAACAAUUGUACACGUGGUUCUGUGAAAGAACAGCUCUUGGCGACCGCAUAAGCGAUUUGCUGUUACAGGAGAAAGCUGUAGAAUUACAGCAAAGUAGUGCAACGUUUUCGAGGUGCAAAGUGAGCAUGUCGUGGGUGUCAAAUUUUAAACGGCGCCAUAACAUACGUCUGGUGAGUGUGUGUGGUGAAAAAGCAAGUGCUGAUACAAAUGCAGCAGAAUCAUUUAUUCAAUAUUUUCAACGACAUAUAGAACAGGAUGGUAUUGAUAUAAAGAAUGUGUAUAAUAUGGACGAAAGUGGAUUAUUUUGGAAGGCGCUUCCAAUAAAAACAUUGUCGACGGAAAAAAUGUAG